AAAUUUAUAUGAUUUUCAUUCAAUAUUACGGCACGCGUUGCCGCACAAUGAAACCGCCAAGCGGCGCCGCGGCCGCUUUGAAUUUGAUGCGUCGCUCCGGCCGCGGAUUCGCAUUCGUGCGAUUGGCACGAGUUGGCAGGCCGACGCACCACCACCACACCACCCACUCACCCCCCACCAACCAUCGCUUCCUCUGCACGAAAACAACAAUCGGAUUCCGACAGCAAAUGGACCACACAAUCCCGCCCAAGGAGUUCAAAUGGACGCCGGGCAAUCUCAUCAACGAGAACUUCAAGUUGGGCGACAAUGGGCACGUUUGCAUGGUGCUAAACCGUCAAAUUCAGGUGCCGGCGCACGUGGUCAAAUUGCUGUGGAAGAACGCUGCCGUGCGAUGUGCCGUAGAUGGAGGCUCUAAUCACUGGCGUGACUUUGUGGUGGAUCAGGCAAUGUCAAAAAAGUCAACUGGGUCCGGGGCCACCACACCACUUGAACCGCUCGACGUGAUAACGGGAGACUUUGAUUCGAUAACGGAAGAAACGGUGGAUUUCUUUAAAACCACGCCUAAAGUCCACACCCCCGACCAGGAUGCCACGGAUUUCACCAAGGCCAUUGCCGUCCUGCAACCCGUAAUGGCGCAACGCAAAGUCCGCGAUGUGGUCGUGUUUCAUGACACCUCGGGUCGGCUAGACCACGUGAUGGCCAACCUGAAUACGUUAUACAAAACGCAGAAGGACAACUGCAAUGUCUUUCUGCUUAGCGGAGAUUCGGUGACGUGGCUGCUGCGACCGGGAAAGCACACGAUACAGGUGCCCACCGACCUGGUAACCAGCCAACGAUGGUGUUCCCUGAUGCCCGUGGGCUCGUCAGCGCACAAUGUAACCACCACUGGUCUGAAGUGGAAUCUAUAUCACGCACAAAUGGAGUUCGGCGGUAUGGUCAGCACGUCGAAUACUUAUUCCACCGAGUUCGUCCAGGUGGAAACGGACGCCAAUUUGAUUUGGUCCAUGGGCGCCUACGAAUUCGAGGCAAAAAUACGACAAGCCGCCAAUACAUAAGAGGCUAUUGUAGGAUUUCGUGUACUUAAGUGAGGAUUAGGUUGCUAAGCAUACUACAAUGUACAGAGUUGGCCAAAGCGG